AUGGAGUCCAGGGCUGCCACGGCGAGCGAGCCCGAGCCUGCGGCGGCGUCCUCCUCCUUCCAUGCCAGGAUCUGGAAGAACUUGCAGCUGGGAGUGGGCAAGAGCAAGGGCGGCGGGGGCGGGCGCUCAGGGGGACCGGAGCGCCGCACUGCGGACACCCCGUCGCCCUCCCCACCGCCCUCGAGGGGCACGAGGGACGUCCUGGCGGGUGUGGGUAGCACGGGCAGCAGGUGGAGCGGCUUUAAGAAGAGGAAGCAAGUGCUAGAUCGGGUCUUCUCCUCCUCUCAGCCCAACCUGUGCUGCUCCUCACCAGAGCCCCUAGAGCCAGGCGGCGCUGGCAGGACAGAGCAGGGGUCCACACUACGCCGCCGGAUCCGGGAACAUCUGCUGCCGGCGGUAAAAGGGCCCGCGGCAGCCGCUGGAGCAGCCGGAGUGACGCCUCCUGGCGGACGAUCCCCGGACUCAGCUCCUUCUUCUUCCUCUGCCUCAUCUUCCCUGUCAUCUUCUCCCCAGCCGCCCCCGAGGGGGGACCGAGUCCAAGAUGAGGGUGCACGGCGUCGGGGUCCCGGAGUGCAUUUGUGUCACCAGAAGAGCUCCUCUUUACCGGGCACUGCAUGCCUGGAACAGCUGCUGGAGCCACCGCCGCCUCAAGCAAAGGCAUCACAGAGGCCGGUGGAACCUCAGACCCAAGAGAAGGGCGAAGAGCGCGACAGCAGCCAGAAAAUAAACACUGUUGGAACCAGUAAUGCAGAUGUCCCUUUGGCUGAUCCCGGAAUGUACCAGUUGGACAUUACAUUAAGAAGGGGUCAAAGUUUAGCUGCCCGAGAUCGAGGAGGGACAAGUGAUCCAUACGUGAAGUUUAAAAUUGGAAGAAAAGAAGUUUUUAGAAGUAAAAUAAUACACAAGAACCUCAAUCCUGUGUGGGAGGAAAAGGCUUGCAUUCUUAUUGAUCAUCUUAGGGAGCCAUUGUAUAUAAAGGUAUUUGACUAUGAUUUUGGACUACAGGAUGACUUUAUGGGCUCAGCUUUUCUGGAUCUCACACAAUUGGAUUUAAACAGGUCCACAGAUGUGACCCUAACUCUGAAAGAUCCCCACUAUCCUGACCAUGAUCUUGGAAUCAUUUUACUCUCAGUCAUCCUUACCCCUAAAGAAGGAGAAUCCAGGGAUGUGACAAUGCUAAUGAGGAAGAGUUGGAAAAGAUCAAGUAAGGAACUCUCAGAAAAUGAAGUGGUUGGAUCUUAUUUCUCUGUGAAGUCUUUCUUUUGGAGGACAUGUAGCAGGCCUGCUCUUACUGUCCUGGGCUUCUGCAGAGCAGAACUUCAGAGUCCUUAUUUCCAAAAUGCACAAUUUCAGACCCAAAGUUUACGUCUGUCAGACCAGCACAGAAAAUCCCACCUAUGGAGAGGGAUAGUCAGCAUCACCUUGAUUGAGGGGCGAGACCUCAAAGCGAUGGAUUCCAAUGGGUUGAGUGACCCUUAUGUGAAAUUCCGGCUUGGGCAUCAGAAGUACAAGAGCAAGAUUAUGCCAAAAACUUUGAAUCCUCAGUGGAGGGAACAAUUUGAUUUUCAUCUUUAUGAAGAAAGAGGAGGAAUCAUUGAUAUUACUGCAUGGGACAAAGAUGCUGGGAAAAGGGAUGAUUUUAUUGGCAGGUGCCAGGUCGACCUGUCGUCCCUCAGUAGGGAACAGACACACAAGUUGGAGUUGCAGCUGGAAGAGGGUGAGGGACACCUGGUGCUGCUCGUCACUCUGACAGCCUCUGCCACAGUCAGUAUCUCUGACCUCUCCGUCAACUCCCUGGAGGACCAGAAAGAGCGGGAGGAGAUAUUAAAGAGAUAUAGCCCGUUGAGGAUAUUCCACAACCUAAAAGAUGUGGGAUUUCUCCAAGUGAAAGUCAUCAGAGCAGAAGGUUUGAUGGCUGCUGAUGUCACAGGUAAAAGUGACCCAUUUUGUGUAGUAGAACUGAACAAUGAUAGACUGCUAACACAUACCGUCUACAAAAAUCUCAAUCCUGAGUGGAACAAAGUCUUCACAUUCAACAUUAAAGAUAUUCAUUCCGUUCUUGAAGUGACAGUUUAUGAUGAAGAUCGGGAUCGAAGUGCUGACUUUCUGGGCAAAGUUGCUAUACCAUUGCUGUCUAUUCAAAAUGGUGAACAGAAAGCCUACGUCUUGAAAAACAAGCAGCUGACAGGGCCAACAAAGGGGGUCAUCUAUCUUGAAAUAGAUGUGAUUUUUAAUGCUGUGAAAGCCAGCUUACGAACAUUAAUACCCAAAGAACAGAAGUACAUUGAAGAGGAAAACAGACUCUCUAAACAGCUGCUACUAAGAAACUUUAUCAGAACGAAACGCUGUGUCAUGGUGCUGGUGAAUGCUGCAUACUACGUUAAUAGUUGCUUUGACUGGGAUUCACCCCCAAGGAGUCUAGCUGCUUUUGUGCUCUUUCUCUUUGUUGUCUGGAACUUUGAGCUCUACAUGAUACCACUGGUUUUGUUGUUACUAUUGACAUGGAACUACUUCUUGAUAAUAUCAGGGAAAGAUAACAGGCAACGUGAUACAGUAGUGGAGGACAUGCUAGAGGACGAGGAAGAAGAAGAUGACAAAGAUGACAAGGACAGUGAAAAAAAGGGAUUUAUAAAUAAAAUCUAUGCCAUCCAGGAGGUAUGUGUGAGUGUCCAGAACAUCCUAGAUGAAGUGGCUUCCUUUGGCGAAAGGAUAAAGAAUACUUUCAACUGGACUGUUCCAUUCUUAAGCUGGCUGGCCAUUGUAGCCCUCUGUGUGUUCACAAUCAUCCUGUACUUCGUUCCACUACGAUACAUUGUCCUUGUCUGGGGCAUCAAUAAAUUUACAAAAAAACUUCGGAGUCCAUAUGCAAUUGAUAACAAUGAGCUACUUGACUUCCUUUCCAGAGUCCCUUCAGAUGUACAGGUG